AUGCGCUCGUUCUGGCUCACUUCGGCCCUGCUGCCUCUGGUGGCCGCCGACUGGCAGUUUAAGUCGCGAACGGACCUGGCGCCUCCCCGGCUCAACAUCACUAUCCCCGCAGCCGCCGAUGUCGAACAGGGCUAUCUCUUCGUCGCUCCCUUUGCGGGGUUUUCCGACAAGGCCGGCGAGAUGCACGGUCCUCGUCAGGCUGCCCCGUACAUCUUCCGCGACGAUGGGGAGUUGGUCUGGUCCGGAUAUGGGUACUAUUCCAUCUGGGCCACCAACUUCCAGGCGGCCCGCUGGAAGGGUAAGGACAUCCUGUUCUGCUUUGAGGGUGACCACAACGCCGGCUAUGGCCACGGCCACGGCCAUACCACCAUCAUGGACCAGCAUUAUGAGACCAUUCGGGAGCUCCGGGCUGGGAACCACAAGCUGACUGACAAGCACGAGUUCCAUAUCAUCAAUGAGGAGACUACAGUCAUUCAGAUCUACCAGCCCGUCCCAAUGGAUCUGACCCCCUGGGGUGUCAGCCCUGAGCAGCAAUGGAUCGUCGAUGCUAUGUUCCAAGAACUUGACAUCGAAACUGGUGAGCUCCUCUUCGAGUGGUCCAGUCUGGACCAUGUGCUUCCUGACGAGGCGGUCCUCCCCAUCAACCCAGGCCAGGCUGGUUCAGGCUUCAACUCGUCGGACGCUUGGGAUUACUUUCACAUUAAUUCGGUUGAUAAGGACGCUGAAGGGAACUACUUGAUCUCCGCGCGUGAUGCGUGCGCUGUCCACAAGAUCAACGGAUCAACUGGCGAGAUCAUCUGGCGUCUAGGUGGGUUAAAGUCAGACUUUGAACUUGGGUCCAACGUCAAAUUCUGCUUCCAGCACCAUGCUCGGUUCGUCUCCAAGGACGGCAGCAAGGAGGUCAUCUCGCUGUACGACAACUCUGCCCACGGCACAGAGGACGGACGCGGUCACGAAGUCCACACCAAUGCCAUCUCCCAGGGGAAGAUCAUUGAAGUGGACACUGCAACCUGGAAGGCAUCCAUCGUUCAAGCCUUCCAGCCCCCGGAUGACCUCCUGUCCAAGUCCCAGGGAAGCACACAGCUGCUUCCCAACGGCAACGUGAUGGUGAACUGGGGCUCGGAGGGCGCGCUCACGGAGUUCCGUCCGGACGGCACCCCGAUCUUCCACACCUACAUGGACUCGGGUCUCCUCGGUGAGGGUGUCGAAAAUUACCGCGGCUUCCGUUACAACUGGACGGGCCUGCCGAACGAGACUCCGGCCAUUGUGUCUCUCGAAAAUGAUGAGGGUACCACCGUCUAUGUCUCCUGGAACGGAGACACCGAGACCAAGGUGUGGCGUUUCUUCAACGUCGUUGACGAGUACGGUUCGCGCGAGUUCUUGGGCGAGACGGAGCGCACUGGCUUCGAGACUGCUUUUCCGAUCAAAGGCCCCAGGGUGCAAUCCGUUGCCGCCGAAGCUAUCGGUGCUACUGGUCGUGUCUUGACUUCAACUGCCGUUGCGAAGACUCGGGCAGAGGUUCUUCCCCCUCACUCUGCCUCACAUUCCGGCUUGUCGUCUCUCUUGCGGGACGAGUUGGCGUCGCAGUUCAAGCUCGACGAUGACAGCCGCUGGGCAGAGUACAUGAUCCUGAAGAUCGACCGUUUCUCGAGGGAGUAA